AUGACUUCUGCAACCUCUCUUGUUUCACUCCCUGUUGAACUUGUCGAGCAAAUCAUCACUUCCUUCUGGUCCCAGCAUCAAUCCACACACCAUCGCGUCACAUUUAUGAAAUCAUCCCUUUGUGUCAGCCGCAGCUGGGCAAUCCUGUACAUGCGCGCCUUUUGUCAGGACGUACACAUUCCAAGCGGAGAAUUUGCGCUGAAAUUUCUUGAGAUUUUGCGGAACGAAUCUCCCGUAUAUUCAUAUUUUACUGAGAACGGCACAUUGUUCGAUCGACGUUGCCGUUCGCUGACGUUCCAACGCGACAAUGAAGAAGGGAUAAAUUCCCCGACACCGGAACACCCAAUGGGUCUUGCCAUCUACACCGUCUUGCGGUUUUUAUAUUUCUCCCCGCACCUCAUACCCAACCUCCGGCGCAUCUCUUUAUUAUUCAGCAACUCGACAAUGAGCGAUCUCUUCACUCGAAACAGAUUUAUUGGAUUCCCUACUCAGGUUACCGAGUUGAAUAUCAGGUUCACAUAUGGGCCGCGCACGCCCAAGGACGUGCUGAAAAAGAUUGCUAGAAAUGAAGCCGUCGUUGGGUUGGUUCCUGGGAGUAUGAAGAGGGUGAGGGUAUUGAGGGUUACAGGACUUACGAAGUCGGCUGUCAGGGAGUUGGUUCUAGCGUGUGUGAACCGGGAAUCAGUCGAAACUGAGGACGGGCAGUGGACCUUCGGGCGAAAGAAAAGAAUCACCACUGAAAGGGCAGGGAUAUAA